AUGGAUCGUGGUUAUUUUCAAGAGUCCAUAUCCUCGGAUAUUAUAUCUUUCAUUAUGAACUCUACUGAAACACAAUCAUCAAUAUCAUCAUACUAUCAAAUCCAUAACGAUCUUUUUCCGAAUCAAACUAAUUUAAUCAUACAUUUAUUCAAGAAAUAUGGUCAAGGAGAUUUAAUACAUGAAUUACUGAAACAUUUAACCAAUUAUAAUAAUAACAAUUCUUCAUUAUUGAAUUACAAUCCAAACAACUUGAAAGUACAACUGUCAUUUCAACAGUUAUUCAAUAAGAUUACUACUACUACUACUACUACUAAUUCUACUAUUAUGAAUAAUAAUAGUGAUCAUAAAUUAAACAUGAAACCUAUUGGUGCUCCAUAUUUGGCUUUAUCAAAAUUACGUAAUUUAAUUCAUAAAAUGAAUCGUUUACACAAUCAAACACCUUUACCAACGAAAGUAUUGAAUUCUAUUGAUAAAUUAGCUCGUAAUUCUUUAAUUCAAUUAGCUGAAAUAUGUAGACAAGCUGGUCGUUUAAGUGAUUUGAUUAGUUUAGGUUUAAAUAGUUGGGAAGCAAAAGUAUUAUUUGAAUAUUAUGAAAAAACUGGACAACAGAAUUUAUUAUUUCAUUGUUUAAUUGCACGUUCACAAUAUCAGACUGCUUUGGAAAUAUUUAAUAAUUACCAUGGUGUUUUACCAUAUCAUAAAACUAAGUUGUUACAUGGUACUACAACUAAUCCAACUGUUGAUCAUGAUGAACAUGUUCAACGAUUACAACAACUUGAUUUAAUGAUACAAUUAAUGAAUUCAUGUCUUCCAUUAUUAAAUACAAAUAAUGAAUUCAAUAAAAAAUCUAUUCCAUCUAAUUAUUCUAAUCAAAUGGAUCAUUAUAAAGCAUUAGCAAAUGAAUAUGUUAAUAUGGAUGAUAUUCAAACGAAUUCUGAAUCAUCUUCAUUAAUUCCUCAUCAUGAUGAUGAUCAUCAUAAUAAUAAUUUGGUUGAUAAUAACAUAUUCGAAUCAAUUCAUCAUCGUCAACCAUCAUCAUCAUCAUCAUUCACCCAAUCACAAUCAUCAUUACCACAAAUGGAUCAUGGGAAUUUUAUCGCUUAUAAACAAACUACUCCAUUAAUAUAUCCAUUAACUGAUUUAAAGAAAUCGAAUCAAUUAAAAAAACCUACAUCAAAUAAGUAUCAAUUGAAUUCUCGUAUUGGUAAUCCGUAUUCAUAUGACGAUAUGGAUGAUAAUCAUGAUGAUGAUGGUGAUGAUGAUCGUCAUCUCAUAGAAGAUGAAAUUAUUAGAAAUAAUCGUAUUAACAAAUCAAAUUCAUGGUUAUUAACUACAAAUAAAAAAAGUCGACAAGAAUUUUGGAAUACAUUCAAAGAAUUACAAGAUCUUCAUGAAAGUUGUGGUUUAAAUUCAAAUAUUUGGUUAAAUGAUAGUCGUUGUCGUCUAAUGGAUUAUACUACUAUUAAUACUACUAAUUCAACAUUAGUAACACCAACACAACCAGUUAAUUUAAGUGAAUCUCGAUUGAAAUUAACUAAGAAACGUGAAUUUCCUUCGAAAGAUGAUGAUCUUGGCAAGUACUUGUUUAAAUGUAUCUAUACACCACCAUCUUGCGGACGUAAACAAAUUCAUUCAAAUACAAUAACAAAUCGUUUAAUGGCAUCUUCUAAUUCAUUAUUCAACAAUUCAAUAUCAAGUCCAUUUAAUCAAAAACCAAUUUCUAUAUUAAAGACUAAAAUGUGUUUAUCGAAUAAAGAAAUUUCGGUUUCGACAAUGGUUGACUCUAUGAAAACGACGAUUACAACAACAACAACAACAACAGCAGCAGCAGCAGCGACGAUUGUUUCUUCUUCAUCUUCAUUACCAUCAUCUUUAUUAUUCUCCACUUCUUUGAAUCCUGUCAUAUCCUCCUCCUCCUCAUCCUCCUCAUCAUCAUCUUUAUCACGUUCAACAUAUACAACAAAUGUAACAAAUUGUAGUAAUAUAAAAAAUUCAUCACAUCUAAUGAAUGAAAAUAAUUUACUGAGAAAUGAAUUAAAUCUUAUUAAAAAUACUACUGAUCAAGAAAUCAGUAAUAAAAUUUAUGAUAAUAAUGAUGAUGAUUGUAAUAUUGAUGAGGAGGAUGAUGAUUGUGAUGUCACGUUAAAUUUAUCAACUGUUCGUCCAAGUAUUGUGAAUACAGAGAAAUUUCAGCAUAAAUUAUUACAGGAUAAUGUAAAUAAUAAAUGUAAUGAAUUCACUUUCUCCGCUCCUCAUCGUCUCUCUUUAACACCAUCGAAUACACCAACCUUUAAUAAAUCUAUGGAAAAGAAUGAAUUUCUGUUUUCAGCACCAUUAGUAAAUAAAACAAUUAAACAUAAUCAAUCCAUAGAUAAUAAUAUUCACAAAGUUUCAAUCUUACCAAUCUCAAUGGAUGAAUCAAAUCAAUCCUCUUCUACUUCUACUACUACUACUACUAACAAUAAUAAUAAUGAUUUUGAUGAGAGUACUAUAAAUUGUGAUCAAAUGAAUACGGCGAAGACCACAUACUUAAUUGAGCUUGACAAUACAACUUCUCUUACUAAAACCCCAAUUUUCACACCUACAAAAUUACAAAAUCCAAUGGUUGUUUUAGAUCAAUUUCAUACUAAAGAAACUACUUAUCAGUUAACUAAUAAUGAUGUUGAUAAUAAAGAAGAUACUACUCCAAAAGUUACAGUAAAAUCACGCAAAACACGUGAUCAACAUCCUCAUCAUAAAAUCUCUACUCAUUCUUCACAACAAACAACAGAAUCUAUUAUUGAUCAUUUAGAUCGUCUUCAUCAAGAACAUAAUUAUCAUCAUUAUCAUCAUCCAUAUCAACCAAUUGAUAUGGAUGAUAAUGAUGAUAAUUCAUCUGUAACAAGUUCUAUGACUGAUUCAUCAGAAACUGUACGUCGAUCAACUAGACGUGUUAGACCACCGAAACGUUAUGAUUCUUCAGCUGUUUAG